UUCUUCUACCAGCAACUGCACCCGACCCGAGUCAUAACAAUCGUCUAAAUAAAUAAUUUUGACCAAAGGUAAACUGGUAAUUAAAACCAGCCUUUGCGUGGAUUCUUGGUUUUCUCGAUAACCAAACAAAAAGGCUAAAUAGUCUGAAGACAUGUUUUGAAAAUUAUAAAUUCAUGGAGGAUAACACGGUUAUCAAUAUCCACCCUGCCGAAGAUUCGGUGAAAAUGGGCGAUUUUGUACCGAAGAGGUUUUUUUUGCCCAAAAUAUAGGGAAUGAUUUAACUGGUCGAAAAGGACGAACAGUAUCGCAUUUCCCGAAACGUGAAGUGACACAUUCACUCCCACGUUGGAUACUAGCUAGUCAGCUACGCCACUGUCCACAUAUUGCUAGUUAGUUCACCACUACUCCAACCAUCUUCCGAUUCGGAUCGAUCCGCUACGGCUAGUAACAUCACCAGCUCGGCUGCUAGCUAGCUACUACUAGCUUGCUAAAUUAGUUAGGGUAACAUUUGUUGCCACCAACAACGUCAGUUCGGAAAUUGGAAAAAUUUCCAUCUGCCAAAUCAACGCAAGCUUGCUAGUUAGCGUUUGAAGUAUCUUUGGGUUCGUGCAUUUUGAGCUUUUUUUUUAAACUAUCGGUGUCCCGAAAGAGCAAACCUGCUAGCUAACGAUAGCGACUUGUUUCGGCAGCUGGAGACGGCUAGCUAGCAGCUAUCAACAUCUGUACACUGCCGAUGCAAUGGUCGCAUUGUUAACUGUUUUGGUAGAGGAAUGCUCAUUUGGUGGAUAUUCUGAGGCAGCGGGCCGCACAGAAUAUUGCACCUCUCAGUUCCAACCACAGGCCACACUAUAUACUGCUUUGAUGUGAGAAGUGGCCGUGAACACACAACGCUCACUGGCUGCAAGAUAGCGCACGAAGACCGGCAGCUGAAGCCAUGCAAGCGGCCCAGGUUCAGUACGACUUUUUCAGCGAGGAGAACGCACCGAAAUGGCGGGGGCUAUUGGUACCCUCCCUGAACAAGGUGCUGAGCCAGGUACAUCCCAAAUUGUCGUCCCAGGAGGAUGCACUGCAGUACAUUGAGGAGCUGAUCCUACUGCUGCUCAGCAUGCUCUGCCAGGCACAGCCACGCAGCGUGCAGGAUGUGGAGAUCACGUUUGGAAGCAGAAAAACAGUGAGCAGACCUUCCCUUUUGGAGUCCCUCAUGGAAUCAACAACGAACUGUGGCGAGGAGCGAGUGCAGAAGAGUUUCCCUCACCCUAUCGAUAAGUGGGCUAUCGCCGACGCGCAGGCAGCCAUCGAAAAGAGGAAGAGGAGGAAUCCUUUGGCCCUGCCAGUGGAUAAGAUCCACCCGCUGCUCAAGGAGGUACUAGGGUACAAGAUUGACCACCAGGUGUCGGUGUACAUCGUGGCCGUGUUGGAGUACAUCUCAGCAGACAUCCUGAAGCUGGCAGGGAACUACGUGAGGAACAUCCGCCACUACGAGAUCUCCCAGCAGGACAUCACCGUGGCCAUGUGUGCCGAUAAGGUUCUGAUGGACAUGUUCCACCAGGAUGAGGAGGACAUCAGCGGUUUCCCCCUGAUGGACGAGGAGCCGUCCACCAGCGAGGAGCAGACCUACUACGACCUGGUCAAGACCUUCAUGGCAGAGGUCCGACAGUACCUGCGUGACCUCAACCUCAUCAUCAAGGUGUUCCGCGAGCCAAUCGCCUCCGACGUCAAGCUCUUCUCCCACCAUGAUGUGGAGAACAUCUUCAGCCGCAUCGUGGACAUCCACGAGGUCACCCUCAAGCUGCUGGGCCUCAUUGAAGACACGGUGGAGAUGACAGAUGAGGGGAGCCCACACCCGCUGGUGGGCAGCUGCUUCGAAGACCUGGCCGAGGAGCUGGCCUUCGACCCCUAUGAGACGUAUGCUCAAGACAUCCUACGGACUGGCUUCCACGAUCACUUCCUCAGCCAGCUGUCUAAACCGGGAGCUGCCUUCUACCUCCAGUCUAUAUGCGAAGGCUUUAAGGAAGCAGUCCAGUACGUCCUGCCCCGGUUACUCCUGACACCUGUCUAUCAUUGUCUCCACUAUUUUGAGAUCUUAAAGCAACUGGAGGAGAAAAGUGAGGACGAGGAGGACAAGGAGUGUCUGAAGCAGGCCAUCACGGCGCUGCUCAAUCUGCAGAGUAGCAUGGAGAGGAUCUGCUCCAAGAACAUGGCCAAGAGGAGGCUGAGCGAGUCGGCCUGCCGCUUCUACAGCCAGCAGAUGAAGGGCAAGCACCUGGCCAUCAAGAAGAUGAACGAGAUCCAGAAGAACAUUGAUGGCUGGGAGGGCAAGGACAUCGGCCAGUGCUGCAACGAGUUCAUCAUGGAGGGGACACUGACACGCGUGGGCGCCAAACACGAACGGCACAUCUUCCUCUUCGACGGCCUGAUGAUCUGCUGCAAGUCCAACCACGGCCAGCCGCGCUUGCCUGGCGCCUCGUCCACCGCCGAGUACCGCCUCAAGGAGAAGUUCUUCAUGCGCAAGGUGCAGAUCAACGACAAGGACGACAAGGAGGGCGAGUACCGGCACGCCUUUGAGAUCAUCCUCAAAGACGGCAACAGCGUGGUGUUCGCCGCCAAGUCGGCCGAGGACAAGAAUGGCUGGAUGGCGGCGCUCAUCUCGCUGCAGUACCGCUCGACGUUGGAGCGCAUGCUGGACUCGGCCAUGCUGCAGGAGGAGAAGGAGGAGCAAAUGAGGCUGCCCGGGGCGGAGCUUUACCGGUUCGCCACGCCCGACUCUGAGGAGAACGUGGUGUUCGAGGAGAACGUGCAGUCCAAGUCGGGCAUCCCUAUCAUCAAGGCGGGGACAGUGCUCAAGCUCAUCGAAAGGCUCACCUUCCACAUGUAUGCAGAUCCAAAUUUUGUCCGAACAUUUCUAACAACCUACAGGUCCUUCUGCAAACCUCAGGAGCUGCUGGGUCUUCUUAUGGAGAGGUUUGAAAUCCCAGAGCCAAAGCCCACCGAGGCAGACCAGAUGGCCAUAGAGAACGGAGACCAACCUCUCAGCGCCGAACUCAAACGAUUUCGCAAGGAGUUUGUCCAGCCAGUCCAACUCCGAGUACUGAAUGUAUGUCGCCACUGGGUGGAGCACCACUUCUAUGACUUUGAGCGGGACUGCCAGUUACUGAAGCGUCUGGAGGAGUUCAUUGCAUUGGUGCGAGGCAAGGCCAUGAAGAAGUGGGUGGAGUCCAUCACCAAGAUCAUCCAGAGGAAGAAGCAGGCGCAGGCCAACGGGCCCAGCCACAACAUCACCUUCGAGACCUCGCCGCCACCCAUCGAGUGGCACCUCAGUAAGCCGGGCCAGACAGACCAGUUUGACCUCAUGACCCUCCACCCCAUUGAGAUCGCCCGGCAGCUCACACUGCUCGAAUCCGACUUCUACAGGGCGGUGCAGCCAUCAGAGCUGGUGGGCAGCGUGUGGACGAAGGAGGACAAGGAGCUGAACUCUCCCAACCUUCUGCGCAUGAUCCGCCACACCACCAACCUCACGUUGUGGUUCGAAAAGUGUAUCGUAGAGACUGAGAACCUGGAAGAGCGGGCAGCGGUGGUGGCGCGUAUCAUCGAGAUCCUGCAGGUGUUCCAGGAGCUCAACAACUUCAAUGGCGUGCUGGAGGUGGUCAGCGCCAUGAAUUCUUCGCCUGUCUACCGGCUAGACCACACCUUUGAGCAAAUUCCAAGCCGACAGCGGAAGAUUCUGGAGGAGGCCCACGAACUGAGCGAGGACCACUACAAGAAGUACCUGGCAAAACUACGCUCCAUCAACCCCCCCUGUGUCCCCUUCUUUGGGAUCUACUUGACGAACAUCCUGAAGACGGAGGAAGGCAACCCUGACUUCCUGAAGAGGCAUGGCAAGGAGCUGAUCAACUUCAGCAAGCGACGGAAAGUGGCCGAGAUCACCGGGGAGAUCCAGCAGUACCAGAACCAGCCCUACUGCUUACGGGUGGAGAGCGAUAUCCGGAAGUUCUUUGAAAACCUCAAUCCAAUGGAGGACAAGGCAGAGAAGGAGUUUGCUGACUAUCUGUUCAACAAGUCGCUGGAGAUCGAGCCUCGGAAUGCCCGGUCGUUGCCUCGAUUUGUGGGGCGGCGUCCGAGCGCCCUCUAUGGACGCAACGCCCCUGCUAUUAAGCCCAAGAAGUACAACUGCCCGCUCAAGUCGCCCGGCGUGCGCCCCUCCUCGGUGCGCCCGGGCACCAUGCGCCACCCGACGCCACUGCAGAACGAGCCACGCAAGAUCAGCUACAGCCGCAUCCCUGACAGCGAGAUGGAGAGCGCCGCCUCUGCGCCCAACUCGCCGCGCACGCCCCUCACGCCGCCGCCGGCCUCGGCCGCCUCCAGCUCCACGGACAUCGGCAGCGUGUUCGACUCGCCCCAGGGCCCCUCCAGCCCCUUCCACUCCAGGUCCUCUUCAGUUUCCUCCAUGGUGAGUCUCCACAGGAGCACUGAAGACGCCACCGUCCCCCCGCCUGUGCCCCCUCGCAGACGCCCCGAAUCCGCCCCCGCUGAAUCUUCCCCUUCGAAGAUGAUGUCCAAGCACUUGGACAGCCCCCCCGCCAUCCCUCCGCGGCAGCCCACCACCACCAAGGUCUACUCGCCGCGCUACUCGCUCUCGACCGAGCGCACCUCCUUGUCGGAGCCGCCUGACAGCCCACCCACACUGCCACCGCGGGAGCCCGUGAGAACGCCGGACGUCUUCUCCAGCUCCAACAGCCCCCUGCACCUGCAGCCACCCCCGCAAGGCCGCAUCCGCAGCAGCGAACCCACGCUGAGCCAGACCUUCUUCCCUCCCUCGCCGUUCGGCCCGCUCACCCCGCCACCACCCCCGACUCCCUCGCCCUCGCUGGGGCCGCGCAAGCACCUGCCCUCCCCGCCCUUACCACUGCUGGGGCCCGGCGGCCCAGACUGCUGCGGCGACUCAGCCCUCCUCCCUCCGGGGGGUGCAGCUGGCCCCCCUGUGCCCCCCCGCCAGAGCACCAGCAGCGCUGCUGCCCAAGCCAUCCCCAAGCUUCCCCCCAAAACGUACAAAAGGGAGUCGGUGUCAUACCCGUCCCUUGCGCAUCGAGACGGCCCGCCCCUGCUGGAGAAUGCCAACCCCUUUUAAAAAGACUUGUGUAUGUGAUCUGGGGGAAAUUAUUGAACACUAAAGACUUGGACAAAAAACAACAUUAAUUGUGAUGUUGACUUUGAGAAGAAAAAAAAGACAAUACCAGUGUAGAUUCUUAGCUACCUGGAAAAAUAAUAAUGUGCCCUUAUAAAAAAAAAUACUUAAACGAAAGAUGAUUGUCCUUUUUCAUUCGUGCAGACCAUUUGGAGAUUCUCUAUAAAAAUCAUUUCGUGGGGGGGGGGGAUCUUACUGUUUUGUUUUGUAUGUACAGUAUGUCGUUUGUCAUCGUCCAAUGUUUUUCAUUUUUAUUUUUUAAGUGAACUGAUUGCAGCAUUACUUGUCUAUGAGCUCAGUGGCCUACCCAUGCACAUACAGCUUGAACCGUAGUAAUCCAUGAACCAGGACCACACAAGUCCACCGCACGCAGGAGGACGUAAAGAUAGACUGCUGCCCAGUUUGAUCAGACUCCAGGAGAAAUCCACAAACUUAAUAGUGUUUUAACUCCCUGUGUAUGGGCUAAACGAUCUACUAAAGUGGCCCAUAUUGACCAGAGACGGACCAGAGAGGACUCUAGCUAUCACGGUGUUGCAAACCCAUUCAACUCGCCCAUAACAAAUGUCUGUCGUUCAAUCCACCUCACUCAGAUGGAAAAAGGGACAUGGGAAAUCAUGUUAGAUAGUUUUUAAGACUUUGUGUAGAGACUCAGUCCGGAGCGAGCUUUUAUUUUUUUUUUUGUGCCAGUAGAUCGACCAGAGUACCAUGAUUUAAGGCAGGGUUUCCCAACCUCGGUCCUGGGUGCGUGUUUAGUUGUUUUUGCCCCAGCACUACACAGUUGAUUCAAAUCAUCAAAGCUUGAUGAUGAGUUUGUUAAUUGAAUCAGAUGUGUAGUGCCAGGGCAAAAAAACUAAAUGUGGGGGGUCCAGGACUGAGUUUGGAAAACCCUGAUUUAAGGUACCCAUCCACACCAAAGAGGUACUUUUCAAGAAACACAAGAAGUGAUUGUUCUUAAGUUUGUGUUAGUACUUUUAUGUUCUGAUUCAUUUCUGCCAAUGAGUAUGUAAAGAUGAUUACGAUUUGACUUCUUUAAACAAGGGAAUAAAAGUGUUUCUACCACUCUAUGCAGUAGGUCCGCUAUGAAACUAGUGAAGAGCUGGCUACGGUCCUGAAUGCCCAGUUAGAAUAUAUUUGUUUAAUGAUUCCCUUCCUUCAAAAUGGUCACUGAUCUGACUGAAGCUAAUCGAGUUAUGUACUGGAGACCUUGCUCUAUCAGUGACAUAAAGAGUCUGUAUGGAAAUGUAUUUGCUAAUUGUUUACCUCAAACUUCAGCUUGUGUAUAUGCAAGACUCAUUUUAAGGUUUACAUUUGUCAUUUAGCAGACGCUCUUAUCCAGAGCAACUUACAGUAGUGAGUGUUUUUCGUACUGGUCCCCCGUGGGACUCGAACUCACAACCUUGGCAUUACAAGCGCCGUGCUCUACCAAAUGAGCCACGUUACAAUUUCUUAACUCAUGAAACCACACAAUCCUUAGUUUUAGACUACAAUAUGAUUUUGCUCAUGGGUGUCAGGAGAUACGCCCCUUUCUGUCCAAUGAGGUCAUUUCUGGGCACGGUUCGAUUUACACAGGCAAUAUUUCUGUCAAUUCAGGGGACCCCUUUUGACUCAAGUGCACCACAGAGGCAAACGUUCCGUAUAACCCCAUUUUAAAAGGAAGGAUGCCUUUUUAAAGCAUCCAAAAAGGGCCAUAGCAAAAUGCAGUUGAAUUGCUGGCGCUACCUAGAUGGCUAAAUAUGAAUGACUAGCCACAGCGAAUUGUCUUUGUCCUUAUUUUUGCUUGAUCAUGAAUACAAUACAUUUAAUCACAGGUAGACCACACUCCAGUCAAAUGUUACCAACUCACUAUGGAAUGGUCAUAUAUUAACAGUACAUCUUGAGUACACCACAUUUUAAUUAAGAGAACAAUAUCCUGUGACUGUUGGCAAUAGUUUAUGUAUGUAAAAUCUAACUAUUUGGUUUAUUUGAAGAAGUGCAAGUGUUCCACCUUCAGGUUAUACUAUGGUUUGUUCCCUAGGGUCAAAAUGUGGGCUGUGAGUCACCCAAAUGGCACCCCAUUCCAGACACAGCGCACUGCUUUUGAUGAGCCCGAAGUACCCUGGUCAAAAGUAGUGUACUAUAUAGAUUCCGUUUGGGACACACCCAAUAGCCUAAAGUAAUUAACCUGGGAUUGUCGUCUUCAUUGUAAUCAUUCUUGGCUAUUCUCCCAGGUUUCUUCCCAAUGGACAAAGUGCCAUAGGGUCAUCCUGUCAGUUGCUUCCAAAAACAUGUUAUUUGUCUGGCCCAUACACUAUGUAAUGGCUGGAGUUUGAGAAUCAUAGAAAUCGAAUGACUAGAACGUGCAUUCACAUUCAAGUCCCGUCCCGCGAUGGGUCAACUGACGGCAACAUCAGUGUACCAAUAUCUAGGAAAGUAAUAAUGACCUUUUAAGUUACUUGAAUUUAGCGACCAGGUUGUAUGUGUGUACUGCAUGUAUGUGAUCAUCUCAUUGACAGUGACUCUGGUGUUUACCAGCAAUACUGUGAAAAAGCCUCGGCAAUAGAGACCUCUUUAAUCCACAACACGUUGAUGCAGUGUCAGAAACAAUAAUUGUGCCACAUCGGUAAUAAACUUAUACUACUGA